CGGCGAAAUCAAGGCAAUAUGGAUGUGGAUGAAAACAUAAGGAGCUCCUGUUCAGCCUUGACGAAAUUCAAGACCUAAAUUUACCAAUCAUGGCCGGAAAUAGCAAACGCUUUCGAUGUUUUGCACUAUCUGAACACGGCAGAAGCGCUCAUAUGGGCUCGUGACGAACCGGAGAUAAAGGUCGUGGUCGUAACGGGGAAAGGUAAACAUUACUGCGCAGGCAAAAUGUUAAAAUCGCCUGAUGCUGGUGGCGACACAAUUGAACAGGAAAUAGUCGCUGGAGGAAAGCUAGGUGCUGUGCUUCAGAACUACCCAAAGAUAUUGAUUGCCGCGGUCAAUGGAGCCGCCAUUGGUUGGGGAUGUACUCAGCUUUACAACUUCGACCUAGUAUACGCAUCAAGAAGGGCCGUAUUCCAAACGCCAUUCACAUCGCUCGGUUUUGCACCAGAGGGAGGCUCCAGCUACACAUUCCCAAAGAUCAUGGGAAAGCAUCACGCAAAUCGACUUUUGAUCGCUAGCGACAAACUUACCGCCGAAGAGAUGUAUAUCAGCGGCUACGUCACCCAAGUUUUGGACGAGAAAAACUUUGUCGACCAGGUCUGUGCCAUCGCGAAGAGGAUCGGCGGCUACGAUAGUGAAGGUCUCAAAGCUGUGAAGAAGUUAACAAGCAAUGCCCAGGAGCUUGAGGAGAGGAGAGCAGCUGGAAAGCAGGAAGGUGAAGCGCUUGCAAGAUUGUUGAAUAGACCCGAGGCAAAAGCAAAGAUGGCGGAGUUUGCUGGAAAGAGCAAAAAAGCAGGGCCAAGCAAGCUUUGAGUAGGGUCUUGGUUGGGAGGGCCAACAUGUCUUUCUCAAAUAUGCGUGAAAUAUGAAGAGUAGAGGCUAAAAUAUUACAUGAGAUGGUGGACAAUUUUUUUGGUUUAGGGGAGGUUUCAGCAGAAAGUAAUCAAGAAAAAGCCCGCCAUCGAAC